CGGGAGCUCGUGCGGCUCCUGCCGGGACGGGACGCGGGUGAGGAUGAGGAGGAUGAGGAAGAUGACGGCGCCUGCCUGGAGCUCCUGGCCCGGCGCGUGGCGGAGCUGAGGAAGAGGACGAGGGAUGAAGAGUGGGAAGGAGGACACGGCAGCGCCGAGGCUCCGGCGCUGAUCCCGUUCCUGGCCUGGCUGGGAGAGGAGUGCUCCAAAAUGCGGGAAGCGAAGGCCGGAGCCUUCUCCCGGGGCCGGGAGCUGCGUGGGGAAGCAGAGCGUUCCCUGCGGGCCGAGCCCGCCUGGGAGCAGCUGGCGGCGGGGCUGGAGCAGGCGCUGGAGCAGCAGGACCAGAUCCAUUCCAGGAUGCUGCAGGGAUCCCAAAUCCUCCUGGAAAAGCUCCGCCGGUGCUCGGUGAACGGCACGGAGCCUGCUCAGAGCGGGAAGCACCGGGAGGAGAUCCCGAGGGAGGGCGGGAGGAUGGAGAAGGAGCUGCUGGAGCUGCGGGAAGGCAACGGGAAGCUUCUGGUGGAGCUGGCGCGGCUGGGCCGGGAGCGGGAGCGGCUGCAGCAGGAGCUGCGGGAGCUGCGGGAUCCCGGCAAGCGGGACGAGGCGUGGAGGCUGCGCCGGGUGCUGCGGGAGCUGCGGGACGGGCUGGGAGCGCGGGUGCGGGAGGCGGGCGGCGACGCCGGGGCCGGGAUUCUCCGGGAUUUACACCGGCGGCUGGACGCGCUGGUGCGGUCCCAGCACGAGGCCCUGCAGCUCAUCACGGAGAUGGAGGGAGAGGCCGGAGAAAGCCCCGGGAGCGACGGGGAGGGCGGGAUAGCGGGAGAACCGGGAGCGGCAGGGCCGGAGAGCGGCACCGCCGGUGUCCCGCCGGGCUCGGAGGCGGAGCGGUGGCGGGAGGCGGCGGCGGCGGCCGAGGAGCGGGCGGCCGGGCGGGAACGGGAGCUGCGGGAGCUGCGGGAGACGGCGGAGGGGCUGGAGAGGAGCCUGGCAGCGCUGCGGGAACGCGCGGCUCGGCUGGAGCGCGCCUGCCGGGACAAGGAUGGGAAGCUGAAGCAGCUGCUGGUGGAGACGGAGAAACUCUCGGCCGAGGUGUUGGGGCUGCGGGGCCGGAGCGCCCGGCUCCAGCUCCAGCUGGAGGUCCAGCAGAAGCAGCACCGGGACACCGUGGCUGUGUACCGGACCCACCUCCUCCAGGCUGCCCAGGGAUUCAUGGACGAGGGCGUCCACGCCGCGCUGCUGCGGAUCCUGCGGGCCGAGGCGAGAGCGGGGCCGUGGCAUUAAACCGGGAAACUGCGACA